ACUAGUUUUGUAUAGUGGAAAACUGGAAAUUAAGGAGCAUUUUAUGCGAUUGCAGAUAUAGCGCGCAAAAAGAAAACAAUCGAGAAACGGCGCAGAGCAAAGUGUGGGGUUUGUCAAAUUUGCGCCUAAAUCUGGAAUUGGAUCCACCAACACAACAAUGGCUUCGCUUCCCGCAUUCCGCUAUCUACUCUUCACCCACCUGUAUCGCCACCCUUUGCUACCCUCAAUUCUCCACAGAAAACUCUCAAUCUCGUUUCCCCAUUCUCGCUUAUCUUCCCCUCCCAAACUCCGUGCCAUCCCUAGAGGUUACUCCUUUUUCUCUUAUUCCACUGUAUCUUAUGCAUACUUAUGCCCUAAAUAUUUGAUUUUGUUGCAGAUAUGUAAUAAUCAUACUCUGGUGCUGAAGACAGAUGAGAGGGUGUUGGGGUCUGGAACACUGGACCCUUCUAAUCCUCCGGUUACCAAUUCAAGCACCAUUGCGGCCAUUGUCACUUCAUUGGGUGGACCGCCGGCUGCCGUUGGGAUAGUCCGCCUUUCGGGGCCGUCUGCGGUGUCGAUUGUUGGCCGUCUUUUUCGUUCCUUGAAGAAGAAGAAGAAGAGGAGAAAGGACGACACUUCUGAAUGGAGGCCUAAAAGCCAUGUUGUGGAGUAUGGUGUAGUUUCUGAUUCUCGUGGGAAUGUGAUUGAUGAGGUUUUGGUUGUUCCCAUGUUAGCUCCAAAAUCAUACACUCGAGAAGAUGUGGUAGAGCUUCAGUGUCAUGGAAGUGAAGUAUGCUUGAAUCGUGUGUUGAGGGCUUGCCUGGAGGCUGGGGCUAGGCUUGCAGAGCCAGGCGAGUUCACUCUUCGUGCAUUCUUAAAUGGGCGUUUAGACCUUUCUCAGGCUGAGAAUGUGGAAAAACUUGUAUCAGCUAAGUCAAUGGCUGCUGCUGAUGCUGCAUUGGCAGGACUACAGGGAGGUUUCUCUUCUUUGGUAAAAUCUCUAAGAAUGCAGUGCAUUGAAUUGCUUACUGAGAUUGAAGCUCGAUUGGACUUCGAUGAUGAGAUGCCGCCCCUGGACUUGAACAUAAUUAUGGAGAAAAUAUAUGGGAUGUUGAGAGAUGUGGACAGUGCACUGGAAACUGCCAACUAUGACAAGCUUCUGCAGUCUGGAUUACAGAUUGCAAUUAUUGGUAGACCAAAUGUUGGAAAAUCAAGCCUUCUUAAUGCAUGGAGCAAAACUGAGAGAGCAAUAGUUACAGAUAUUGCUGGAACCACGAGGGAUGUAAUAGAAGCUAGUAUUUCUGUCUGUGGUAUCCCCGUCAUCCUUCUUGAUACAGCGGGUAUAAGAGACACUAAUGAUGUAGUAGAGAAAAUUGGUGUGGAGCGAUCUGAAAAAGUUGCUGGAAAUGCUGAUGUAAUUAUAAUGACUGUUAGUGCAACAGAGGGUUGGACUACAGAGGAUGCUAGACUUCUUGAAAGAAUUCAAAGCAACAAGACUGCAUCAAGGUCUAGUUCUCCAAUAAUUCUAGUAGUCAACAAAAUAGACUGUGCUCCAUUUGCUUCUGAAUUGGUCGAUGCAUGUGGCUUCUCUUUUAACAAGAAGAUUUUUACCUGUGCUGUCACUGGCCAAGGAAUUCAAGAUCUGGAGGCAGCAAUAGUCGAGAUUGUGGGUCUCAACAAGAUUCCUGCAGGGGGUCGCAAAUGGACUGUCAACCAGAGACAGUGUGAGCAGCUUAUUCGGGCGAAAGAUGCAUUCACCAGGCUCAAGUCUUCAAUAGCAGAGGAGCUGCCCCUCGAUUUUUGGACGAUUGAUCUAAGGGAAGCUGCGAUGGCCCUUGGGCAAAUUAGCGGAGAUGAUAUUUCUGAAGAGAUAUUAACUAACAUAUUUGGAAAAUUCUGCAUUGGGAAAUAGUUUCUUUUUUCUUUCUACUUUUUAUCCGGUGUAUACUGCCAACAUUAUACAGACUAUUACUCUUGAUGAAAUUGAUUACUUCAUAAAAUGACAGCGAAGGAAGAAACAUUCAGAUAUGCUUUAGUCGUGCUGUGUGUUUACUUUUUUCACCUUUACUCAACCUUAUCAUAUAUGGCCACUGUGGCCUGCCUUUUUAUUGGAUAAGGGUAUCAGUCACUUUCUUAAGGAUAUCAUCAGGCACUACAAAAUAUACUAAUACAAAUGGCCCUUUUCGUCCUGGUCUACAUAUAUAUGCAUGCACCUUGUAUUCCUUUAUGCUAUCUCUCUUUUUCUGUCUUAAACUACCCUGUUCUGUCUCCUUGCUUCCAUUACACAUCUGCCAAUUUUGGCGAACAUGUUAGCACUGCAUCUGCUACUGUUAGGAAGAUUUUUUCCUCGCCAAUGAGGUUGGUAAAGUUGGAUGCAUGAAGCUUGUCAAUCACCACUCUUCCCGGGUUUGCCAGAACAAGCUGUUGAUGAAUAACAACGGCUACUGUGCAGCUCUUCCAAGGCGUGGAUGCCGCUGGUGUCGAUGUCAGUAACAGCUGUCAAAGAAGAACAUAAAUCAUGAAAAGAAGAGCCACGAUACUAGACGUUUUGACUAUCAAAAGUUCAUUUCUUCCACUUACGCGACAUCUCAAGUAUUAGAAACUCAAUUCUGGGAAGGGAAGCUGCUUUCAGGAGGUCAUUGAGCCAACAAUGUUCAUGGCUCCUAGUGCCACCAUUUCCUUGUUUCCAUCCAAUUGAUAGUCCUUCAUGGAAGCAAAUGUUCGCCCAAUCGCCACAGCUUCCUGAAAGCCACCAUGAGAGAUGAGGGUAUAAGUUCAGACAAAGAACGUAGAGAGAACGACAGAUAUUAGUGGAGCAAUUGCAGGAAAGCUAAGAAGGAAGCUCCAAUGAGAAUGGUCUGCCAAUUCCACUGCAAGUCAAUGGGAAAUAAAUGCAAAUAGGUUAGUGUUUCAUCCUCAGGAAAAAUGGAGCUGAUUGAUAACGAGGAAGAGAAAAUGCAUACUCCAUGAUGGACUGAGCCCCAUACAGACUUCAUUACAGAGACAAUAUCAGUUUUCUUAGUAAAUUUUUUUAUGCCAAGAAAACCUUUUAGCUGCUGGAGGGCUAUUGUGAUGGCCGCACCACCCAUAAAACCAACAACAGCAGCAUGAGACAAGAAAUCGAUUAAAAACCCCAAUCUGGCAAACAAGGAAGUCAAUUAAGAUGUCAGUUUAACCCAAAGCAGCCAUGAAAAGAGACAAGUAGAGUAAAAGAAAUAUGCACCUGAGAAUUCCAAGGAUUGCUUGUGUGAUGCCAGCAAAAAAAGUGGCAGUAAAUGCAAGCCUCAUGUACUCAGUUUUGUUUUUAACAGGAUCAAUUUCAUUCCGAAGCAUAGUUCCCAGCAAGAGAGACACAACAGCAACUGGCCCUAUGGCAAUAUCUCUUGAGCUGCCCAUGAAUGCGUAAAUCAAUGGUGGAACAAAGCUGGAGUCUAGCAGAGUUAUAACAGUACAGAUAGUCAGCACAAGUGAAAAAAAAAAAAGAUUUUUCUGUAAGUGACCAAAGGAGUUGAUAAACGAUGCUUACAUAAUCCAUACUGAGGAUCUAAGUUUGCCAGCUUGGAAUACCCAAUGUCCUUUUAAACCAAUUGUGAAGAAGUAACAAUUAGUCAUGAAAGAACUUUAUAUACUUGAUCAACCAUUUUAUUCAUCUAAAUACUGCUAGCAUGCAUUUGUUGUACCUGAGGAAUGCAGAGGCUUGCGAUGGUGAGACCAGAAAUGAGAUCUCCUCUGAAUUUAGCGAAGCUAUAGUGUCUUCCCCAUUCAAGAAUGGGGAAAACUGCCUGGAUGAAAAGGACAAACUUUCGCGACCUUGGCUGAUCCUUAAAUGAGCGCAAAGGAUCAUCUGAAAA